AUUGCUAGCACAACUAUUAGUUACAAAAGCAGCCAUAUUACCAAUAGGUCCUGGAAAGAUGACGUCAGCUGCCGACAACGAGAUGUUCAAUGUCGAUGAAUUGGUGGCGCCCGCGUGGUUAAACACACAGUUCCUCGAGGAAGUGUUAAUUGAGCAUGGAAAGACACCAGAACUGAAAGUCGUUGAUGUUAAGAUAUCCCCGGCAAGUGUUAAGGGCGAUCACUAUGCGAGCGUUAUGUUUCGGGCACUUGUCUCGUACACCACACAGGCGGGGGACCAAUCCAAAUCGCUUAUCAUCAAGACAAUGCCCGAGCAGGAAGGGCACAAGAAAGAUAUGGUCGGUAGCUCGCAAAUCUUUGUCACCGAGAUCGGCAUGUACACCAAGGCACUUCCCAAGUUCGAGGAAAUGCUUCGCGAGGCCGGCGAUAAUACGAAGCUGUAUGUGCCCUGCAUCUAUCACAGCUUAGAGCCGCGUCAGGUUAUGAUCUUUGAAGAUUUGCUGCCGGAGGGUUAUACGAUCAUUCGAAAACGAGAUCCAACCGUCGCUGAGCUGAAGACCGCGUUUCAAAAGCUAGCCAAAUGGCACGCGUGCAGCUUCAAAGUGCUGAACGAACAACCCGAUUUCCUGCAAGAAUUCAAGUACGGCUUGUUUACCAUGCAUUCCGUUUUGGAAACUUCUUAUUUCACCGCUGGCAUGGGCACAUUCAUUGGGUUGCUCGAGGAGAUUCCUGAAUUUCGAAAAUAUGUUCCUCACUUCAAUAAGAUAAAAGCUGAUUAUGUGCACCAAAUGAGAGCGAUAUUUCGGGAGUAUUACGAAAACCGAAAACCUAAUGGGUAUUACGUGCUUGGCCAUUGCGACUUUCACGCUCGCAAUAUGAUGUUCAAGCACAAGGAAGAUGGCAGCGUGGAGGAUGUCAUGCUGCUGGACUUCCAAAUGAGCAACAUUUGCCCCAUAACCUCCGAUAUAAUAUAUUCUGUAUAUAUGCUGAUGGGCCCCGAAGAGCGUCACAAUAACUAUAAGGAACUAAUAGACUACUAUUUCUCCGAGUUCCUUGCAACAUUACAGAAAAUUGGCUAUAAGGGCGAACUGCCCACUUCGGCGGAGUUUUGGAAGAAAAUCUCCCAGCACAAGAUCUGUGAUUUCUUUUUGGUGUCAACUUUUUUGCCAAUGAUGGGAUGUCUUCAGCUAAAGGACUUUGACCCCGUGGAACUGAUGCAAAAGGAAGAGGCACGGAAACCCUUGUACCGCCUAGACAGUUACGUCAAAGAUAUUAAGUUCUUAUUGGCCAGAUAUGAGGAACAGGGCUACUUUGAGUAAAUGCUGCACACUUAAUUCUUAAAGAACAUCAAAUGGGAUA